GGAGAGGCUAGUGCGCAGGCGUGAGACGCUGCUACAGACACAGCGGUAGUCUGUAGCUGCCGUACUGGCUCUGAUCUUGGGUUUGGCUGCGUUUGCUCAGCACGUCAGCUGCCUCCAGCCCACCUCUCGCAGUCAGCGGCUCCGUCCCUCCCUCCAUCUGGCUGCAGGAGCCGCGAUCGUGCCUUGACCGUCAGAAGCCGGCCAUCCUCCUCCUCCUCCAUCCCUGUCUUCAUUGGGAGCAUCUGCGGCUCACCUGCGGAGAGCCUCCCAUGCCCUUGAGCAUAGUAGCCAUUAUCUGAUCUGCCUGUCAUUCACCAGCCAGCCUCACUGCAAGGGCAUCUGGACACCGCUCCUAAUUUGCAGAUCCAUUUUGGAGGUGCUGAUAAUGGAGGGAGGCGCCUAUGGAGCCGGUAAGGCUGGAGGAGCCUUUGACCCCCAGACUUUCAUCCGGCAACCUCACACCGUCUUAAGGAUGGUGUCUUGGGUCUUUUCCAUUGUGGUCUUUGGGUGCAUAAUUAAUGAGGGAUACAUUAAUAAGGCAAGCGAGGAGGAGGAGCACUGCAUUUUCAACCAAAACCAAAGUGCCUGCAACUAUGGUGUGACGGUAGGGGUGCUGGCCUUCCUCACCUCCAUUCUGUACCUGGCAGUAGAUGUCCACUUUCCACAGAUUAGCAGUGUCAAAGACCGCAAAAAAACUGUAAUAUCUGACAUUGCUGUGUCUGGUCUCUGGUCGUUUUUUUGGUUUGUUGGCUUCUGCUUUUUGGCCAACCAAUGGCAAGUGUCUAACCCAGAGGACAAUCCAAUGAAUGAAGGAGCAGAUGCUGCCCGCGCAGCCAUAGCGUUCUCGUUCUUCUCCAUCUUUACUUGGGCGGGACAAGGUGUGCUGGCCUUCCAACGCUAUCGUCUGGGCUCUGACUCCGCAUUGUUCUCUCAGGACUACAUGGACCCAAGCCAAGAUCAGGGGCCUCCUUAUCCCCCCUAUGCCAGCAAUGACGACUUAGAUCCUUCUGCUGGCUACCAGCAGCCUCCCGCAGAGGCCUAUGAUGCGGGCACACAGGGCUACCAGGCCCAGGAUUACUAAAGCACCUCCUUCAAUGAACUUUCAUUACCCGACAGGCUAGCAACUCCUCAGUUUGCAAUUUGUUGCUGCCUUUCUGUAAGUGAAAGAUGUAAAAGAUGAUGUCCUUAUUUUUUAUGACCAGAUCCAGGGAAGGAUCUCUUCUUAUUUUUAUGUUUGUUUAUAAAUACAGGUUUAGGGUUAUUUUUUCUUAUUGUUUGUCUUUAGCUAUGUGCAAUUUUGCCAGGUUUACUCCAUAUCAUUCCUUGAGUCUGUAUUUCGGAAAUGGAGAACAAUUCUUUCCAAACCUUAUUAAAUUCUACUGUAAAUAAUAUCCUGCAGUUACUGGAGUGAGCAUGUGAGAUGUCCACCAGCUAUAUUGGAAGUUUUAAACAUUCCCAGGUUUAUAGAAAUAUCUAGAAUAGAGAAUAUUAAAGGGAUUCUUUAGGAUUAAAUUAAAUUCACUGGAAAAAUAUUGUAAUUUGCAAACGCAGCGUCUGUCACACUAUCCGUUUUUUUUAUUUUUUUUAUUUCACUGUCCAACAGUUUUAGAUAAUAACACGUUGUGUCUUGGUCAUCAUUGUCUUUACAUAAUCUGCAGUCCACUAAUAGUUCAGGACCGGGAUAAAAAGAUAAAGUUUGGGGGGGGGGGGGGGCCCCCAAGUAAAUCCUAGGGCACAGAGGACAUAUAAUUUGGUAGCACUUCCGCCUAGCAAAACCUGGUAGUGAGUAUAAAGAGGUGCAGUUUACAUGCUCAUUUACAUCUGCAAUAAACAUUUAGCAAAAUUUCCUAAUCCCAAAGAACCCUUUUUAAUCGCAACAAAGCGUUCACUUUAUGCAAUUUGUAAUUUAUGUAUUUUAUUUUAUUUUUUUUGGGGGGGGGGGGGGAGAAAGUAUUGAAAUAAGACCAAGACAAAGUAUGUUUUCACUGUGUUUGUGACUAAAAGUUAAGGGAAUUUUCCCCAAUUUUAUUUUUUAUUUUUGGGGAUGACCUAUCCUCUGGAUAGGUCAGUAUCUGAUUGAUGGGGGUCUGACACCCGGGAACCCUGCCAAUCGGCUGUUUGAAAAGACAGUGGGGCUCCUGAUUUUCCUAGGCCAAGUGACAACAAGUUCAUGAGUGGGACUGAGCGCAAUACCGAGCACAGCCGCUACAAUGUAUGGCACUGUGCUUGGAAAGCUGUAAGAAGGCAGCAGUGCUCACAGGAGCACCAGUGCCUUCUCAAACAGCUGAUCGGCGGGGGUCCCAGGUAUCGGACCCCCACGAUCAGAUACUGACAACCUAUCCAGAAGGAAAAAAAAAUCUAAAAAAAAACAACCUUGGAAAACCCUUUUUAAAUAGGUGUUGUGGUUUUAAUGAUUAGAUUUAUUUUAGAGAAAAGAGUGAACAAUUUUCUAAUAUACAUCUAUUUAAUUUUUUUCUUGAAGACAUUUGUUAUAUACAUAAAGUAGCCUCUCCCUUAAAAAAAAACCAGCCCAUAUUAGUCCUGUAAAAUGCCUCCAUAGGAGAGACUAAACAUGACGUCAGUCAUGUGACCGUCACAAAUAUCAUAUGACCUGGCUUUCAUUUAACUGCCCAAGUAUCUAGCAGGUGAAUAGUAGCGUACAUACAAUUUGUAGAGUAUUGCUACCUGCAGCAGUAUCUCAUCAGGUCUAUCAGUUUCUGUAUAGAAACAGAUCUGUGUGUGUGGUCUUCUUGUUUUAUUACACUAAACUUUAUUAACAUGACAACAUCACCUAGAGACAGGCAGCCAUGUAAAUACACACAGUGAUGUAGUUAAUGUAAUAACCACAAUAAAAAUCAUGAUUCCAC